AUGGAAUCCCAUUUCGAUACUUCAGUCUAUGGGCGUGACGCCCUUGCUCCCCCAGGAACCUUUCUACUCAUUCGGGAGGACAUGUCUGAGUCUCGUGGCCAACGAACUAUUAUGCUUGAUCCCAUCCCGACGAAUGAUCCCAAUGAGCCCUUAAAUUGGAGCACUCUCCGCAAGGCUGUCAACUGGACCAUAGUUUUGGGAAUGACGAUUGUUACAUUCACCCUUCUUUCAAUCCAGCCAAUCUUUUGGCAACAGAUGAUAGUUGAUCUUCGGGUCGACUACGAUCAGUUAAAUCAGUCGAUGUCGGUCAAUUAUGUCGGUCUCGCCAUGGGAUGUGUGGUCUUCAUUCCCGUGGCAAAGAAAUUCGGCCGACGUCCCGUUUACAUUGUCUCGGCGUCGGUCCUACUUGCUACUUCAUUUUGGAUGUCUAGAUUGGAGACUUUAACAGAGCUCUAUGUCUGUAAUCUGUUGCAAGGGCUUGGAGGAGCAGUCAAUGAAACCAUCGCAAUGAUUACGAUUGCAGAUUUGUUCUUCGUGCACCACCGUGGCAGUAUGAACGGUCUCUAUAUGAUUAUGAUGAUGAUCGGCAGCUUUCUCACGCCGAUGGCAGCGGGAACUCAAGCAACUAGACAAGGAUGGCGCUGGUCAUAUACAACCCUGGGUAUCUUCAACGCCCUAUUCGUGAUACUUUUCAUCUUUCUAUACGAGGAGACAAAAUAUACGCCCAUCAUUACAGGGACUCCCAGACCCGGAACUGCCGAGGAUGAUAUUGCCGAGGAUGAUUCUGCUGAGAACACCGGUGACCCAGACGCGAAAAAAGUACCAUCCGUGACCAAGGCUUCGGUGUCCGAUGAACCAAGCGCCCAGAACCACCAGUUAGACACAAGCAUUCCCAUCAGUUCUUGGCAAAAACGUCUGGCUCUUGUUACUGCAACUUCGGAAUCGAUCUGGCCCUAUUAUUAUCGUCCUUUCAAAGCCCUUUUUACCUUUCCCGCCGUGAUGUUCGCGGGUCUUCAGUACGCCGCGGGUGUCAUCUGGCUUACAAUAUUGUCAAGCGUUGUAUCCUUGGUCUUCCCACUUCCGCCAUAUCUUUUUACCCCCGAGCAAAUUGGUUUUAUGAGCUUGGGACCAUUUAUCGGAAACCUACUCGGAAAUAAUGGAUUUUACGAGCCGGAGAUGCGCCUUUAUAUUCUUCACCUUCCGGCCCUGACCAUGGCUGGAGGUUUAAUUAUGUUUGGUGCUACAGUUGAACGGGGAAUGCAUUGGAUCUAUCCCAGUGUUGGUGGAGCUCUUUUCGGGUUUGGACUGGGCAGUAUUGGUGAUGCUUCCUUGACUUUGGUGAUCGAUAGUUACCGUGAUAUUACUGGAGAUGCAUUUACAGCAAUCGCAUUUCUUCGUAAUGCCUGCAGUAUUGGUAUUCCCUUUGCUAUCACGCCCUGGAUUGCACGAAAUGGACUGCAAAACAUGUUCAUUGCCUGUGGGUUUAUUAGUUUCGGAGUUACACUUCUCGCAGUACCGAUGAUCUUCUGGGGAAAGACGGCUCGUCAAGCACUAGCAGUGCGGUAUUAUCGACUAGUUGAGCAACAAGGUAGCGUCGGCUAG